CAAUUCUCAAAUAUGAGGACCGAGAUUAUUAUUUAUAGUAUAUUUUUGUUAAUUUACGUGAAUGCAACCGAUGAUAGAAAAUCGAAUAAAAAAAAGUCAUGGCGAGACAAAGAUAUACGUGAUAUGAAUGAUGCAGAUUUAGAACACUUGUUAGAUCAGUGGGAGGAAAAUGAUGAACCAUUGGAACCAGAUGAAUUACCAGAACAUCUUAGGCCUAGCCCAAAAAUUGAUUUAUCGAAGCUUGAUAUGUCAAAUCCUGACAAUGUAUUGAAAGUGACAAAAAAAGGUAAAAGUGUGAUGAUGUUUGUUGAUACGAAUGAAGAUUUGUCAGUUGAAAAAGCUGAGACUAUAAUGAAAAUUUGGCAGACUAGUCUUCAAAAUAAUCAUAUUAUUGCCGAAAGGUAUCCAAUUGAUCAAAAAAGAUCUGUGUUCCUAUUUCACGAAGGUUCUCAAGCUGUAGACGCAAAAAACUUUUUCUUGGAACAACCAGAAUUGUCUCAUGUGACUCUUGAAGGCCAAACUUAUUUUAGAGAUCCAAAGAAACAGAGUGAAAGAAUGGCAAAACUUAGUAAACAAACAAGUAAACGAAAUAUUAAGAAGGACGAUAAUAACAAACAAGAGGAGCUAUAAUUUAUAUUAUACAUUUUUCGAAGAUGCUGAAUAUUUUUCAUUUGUAUAUUUUUGUACAUGUAGAUAUAUAUCUAUAUCUAUAAGCAAAUAAGUACAGGAUAAUUUUUGAUACAAAUAUUUUUUUGUUUGUAAAAAUAUACAACUUAAAUUACUUUUAUUUAAAUAUUUCAUAACUUACUGAAAUACUUAUAAAUAUCAUAAAUAAACUUGAUUUAUCCUAUA